AUGAAAUCAUAUGAAAAUAUUGAGCCCAAUAGAAAACGUUCAAAAGCAUGCAGCUAUGAAACUGUGGACGAGGCAGUCUUGAAGUGGAUCAAGGUUGUUCGAGACCAAAAUUUGCCAAUAUCUGGUCCACUCAUCAAAGAAAAGGUGUUGGAAUAUGCAAAGCAUUUUGGAUGUGAUGAUUUUCAAGCCAGUUCUGGGUGGCUCAACAAAUUUAAGAAAAGGCAUGCAAUCAAAGAAAAAGUUGUUCCUGGAGAAAGCAGAAGUGUGGAUGACGCAGUUUGUGAUGACUGGAGAAACAAUGAGUUGAAGAAAAUCCUGAAAGAUUAUCAGUCCGAUAAUAUUUUCAAGGUUGAUGAAAUGGGACUGUUUUACAAGUGUUUACCUAACGAAGCUUUAACUUUAAAAGACAAUGACUGUCACGGCGGCAAAAGCAGCAAAGACAGAAUAACUGUACUUGUUGGUGCUAACAUGAGUGGCAAAGAGAAACAUCGUUUAUUGGUCAUAGGCAAGAGUAAGAAUUCAAGAGUGUUCAAAAAUGUAACAUCUUUAGAGGUUGACUACCGAUCCAAUAAGAAGUCAUGGAUGACCAGUGACAUUUUUGAAGAGUGUAUUUCGAAAUUGGACAGAAAAAUGCGGGAUCAAAACAGAAAAAUUGCUUUGCUUGUAGACAAUUGCCCUGCCCAUCCCAAUGUGUCUUCAAAACUGUCAAAUGUGAAUUUGAUUUUUCUUCCCCCGAACACCACUUUAAAAUUACAACCAAUGGACCAGGGUGUCAUAAAAAACCUGAAACUUCAUUACCGAAAACGCAUUCUUCGACGACUCAUUUGGACAUUAGAAAACGAAGAGACAAAUUUGCAUAAGGUGAUUGAUCUGAGGAUAUGUGUGGCAGAAUUAGCCAAAGUGUGGGAAAAUGACGUUUUAGAAUCAACAAUAAGAAACUGUUUCGCAAAAGCUGGGUUCGAUAUUUUGCCAGAAAUUGAAGAGCAAGACGUGUUCCCGCACAUCCAACAAUCAUGGGAAACUGCACUCCCAAGGGCAUAUCACAGAUGGCAUUCAUCUUAA